AUGUUUAAGAAGGAUCCUCAGCCUAAGGCAUCAGCUAAUAUCAAAUCUUCCGAAAGAAGGAGGCUUCUAGAAGAUAUUUGCAAAAACUAUGGUCUAUCACAAGAUAAGUUACCAAAGGAAGAAUUGAAUAAGAUAUUACCUAAAGUUACAAAACUUGCUAGUUUUAAGAGUAUACAGGGUUAUAGUGGAAGUAUUUACUAUGACGAGAAUGAAAUUCCAACUUGGUUCAAAUCAAGAGAUUCAAUAGUCUAUCCAACAUUAUUCACUGUAUGGAAGUGUCCUUAUAUUAUCCCUGUUAUUGCAACCCAUCCCCACGUCAUACAAGUUUUGGAAGGAGGAGCAGAUUUAAUGCUUCCUGGAACAGUACCUCCAUUUGACAGCAGAGCAAUUAAAGGAAAAGUUGUCGGUGUAGUGGAUACGGCUAAUCCGACGGUUGUUAAGUGUGUUGGUAUUAGUGGAGUGGAUUUACCAUCAUAUACUAGAGUCAUCGGUACGCAAGGGAUUGCUGUACAAGUACUUCAUCAUUCUAAAGAUGAAUUAUUCAAAAUAAAUGACUUGAUAGAUAUACCAGUUCCUACAGAACUUGAUUUAACCAUGCCUGUCAAUGAAGAAGAACCAAGUGAAGAAUCGCAGUCUGAACAAACUACAGAAUCAGAAGAACCAGAAGAGCAAGUGAAACUGGUAACAAGUCAAGCAUCUUCUCCUCGUAUAGAUGAUAUUGCAGAAACCUUAUCGACUCUUUCAUUAGAUCAAAUUGAUAAUUUUUAUAUCAGAUCAUUACAACAAACCAUCAAACUUGAUACUAUAGAAUUACCCAUAAUUGCAUCCACAUUUAUGUCAUCAUACAUCUAUAAAAAUUUACCUGUAAUUGAUAGCUCAUAUUGCAAUGUUAAGAAAACAUCAUGGAAAAAGACAUUUAAAUUUCUUAAAGCUAUGGUUAAAGAGAAAUUAUUAGAUGUUAAGGGUAAAGAUGAUGAUUUAACUAUUAUAAAGUUAAUGGAUAAAACUAAUCCAUUCAUUGAGAAUUUCGUUCCUCAUAAGACAAUUGGAUCACUUUCUAAAGUUGCAGCUGCUCCUACCCCAUCCAAAAAGGCAAAUGAAGCCUCUAUUAUACAUUUAUAUAAACCAACAAAGAAAGCAAGACCAUUUUUCAAUGCUACAACUGAGGACUUUGAAGCUUGUUAUACUGCCAAUGAACUUCGUACUAUUGUUAAUGAUUACACCAAGGUUAAGAAAUUAACUAACCCUAAGAACCCAAAGCAAGUAAUUCUUGACUUGCCAUUACUGCAGUUGGUAGAUGUAGCUGAAAACACACCAGUAGCAAGAGAUAAAGUAUUCAAGGAUGCUCUAAGCAAGAGUUUUACGGCAUUAUACCAAAUUGUCAUGCCUGGACAAGAUGAAAAAGACUGUGAAAUCUUCAAAGGUGAACCACCAAAGAUUUCAAUUAUAACUGAGAUGAAAAUAGGUAGAAAAGUUAUUACAAGAACCAUGAAUUUUGAAAAAUUCGGUAUUAAACCACAAUUGUUAUCAGAUGAAUUAAAAGUUAAAUGUUCUGGUUCAAGUACGGUUGGUCCUUGCGUUCAGAAUCCAAAAAUGACUGAAGUGACAGUUCAAGGUCCUCACUCAAAGAUCAUCAUUGAAUUGUUUAAAGAGAAAGGAGUCCCGAUUUCAUGCAUUGAAUUCGAAGAUAAAUUAAAGAAGAAAAAGAAAACUCAGUAA